AUGGGGCUCUGGAGUAGGGACGGUCUGUCCUUUGGCCGGGAGUCGGUGAGCGAUCUCUUUGGCCAGGAAAAUUUUGACUGCAGUAACAAAGGCAUAACAGUAGAAAUUACAGGUGUAGAUUGCUCUGUUCAACAAACUUCCUAUCAGUCCAACAAUGUUUCUGAAUCUAAACUUUUUCAGUUAACAGAACCUAAACCUGAACAUGUUCAGUUAACAGAACCUGAACUUUUUAACCUUCCCUCUCCCUUUCAGGCGAAUGUGGAUGUUGCACAAUAUUGUGAAGCAGACGCGGGGCGGAGAAGUCAGACGGCAAGGAGGAGCAGCAGCAUCAGACGGCGAGGAGGAGCAGAAGCAUCAGACGGCGAGGACUCGAUCGGGGGCGUUCGCGUCGCCCAACAGCAGCAUCAUCAGAGGCUGGAGGGAAUCGCGGCGGCCGCAGAAGGAAGCGGUGGCCGGCGACUUGCCCAAAUCCCGCACCGGCGGCCGCGGGCGCGAGGAAGCGGGCAGAGGAUGAGGGCGCGGGCCGCACCGGCUAGGGACGCGAGCAGGGCGACGAGGGAGGUGCCGUCAGCCGUGGAGGAGGCGGGCGUCCAGUUGGUCGCCACAGAGGAGCAGUCACCUCCGUGUGGGCGGCGGCGCAGCUCGCCUUCGUGCAGGCGGCUCAGGUGGGCAGGGGCGCCGCGGAUUGGCGGCGGCGGCGCAGGUGGGCGGUGGCGCAGCGGCGACGCAGGUGGACGGCAGCGCGCUGGGCUCUACGGUGGCUGCCGACGGCGCGCUGGGCUUGUUCCUGCCGCGGGCGUCCGGAGGAGGAAGAAGCAAAGGGGUAAUUAG